GUGUGUGUGUGUGUGUGUGUGUGUGUGUGUGUACUGUAGAGUCCUGUACUGGGUCUCAAUGCUCAGUGCUAUAACAGGGCCAGGACUUCAUUCCUGCCCCAGAAAGGAGUAACGUGGUGAGGAGUGAACAGGAGUGUCUGAUUGCUCUCCCAGAUUAGGUUCCUCAUAGUGUAGGAAGGAGGCUACAGGCACGCUACGCUCUGGAGGAAAGAGGAGGAGAGGGGAGCACAGAAGGAGACCGGCUGUAUGUUCUUUGUGUUGUGCUGAGUUGCUAAAAAUGUGAGCUCAGUAGAAAGGGAACUGUUUGGUGGGCUGCCCACUGCUUUUUGGCAGACUACUGUUAAUAUCCGAACAUUCUGGUGCUUCAGAGUGAUAACAGAACUAUUUCACCAGGCAGUCUCAUUCUUCUGCCUUGACCUUAUUCUGGUAGCCCUCAGCCAGUCUCAUUCUUCUGCCUUGACCUUAUUCUGGUAGCCCUCAGCCAGUCUCAUUCUUCUCCCUUGACCUUAUUCUGGUAGCCCUCAGCCAGUCUCAUUCUUCUCCCUUGACCUUAUUCUGGUAGCCCUCAGCCAGUCUCAUUCUUCUCCCUUGACCUUAGUCUGGUAGCCCUCAGCCAGUCUCAUUCUUCUGCCUUGAUCUUAUUCUGGUAGCCCUCAGCCAGUCUCAUUCUUCUGCCUUGACCUUAUUCUGGUAGCCCUCAGCCAGUCUCAUUCUUCUGCCUUGAUCUUAUUCUGGUAGCCCUCAGCCAGUCUCAUUCUUCUCCCUUGACCUUAUUCUGGUAGCCCUCAGCCAGUCUCAUUCUUCUGCCUUGACCUUAUUCUGGUAGCCCUCAGCCAGUCUCAUUCUUCUCCCUUGACCUUAUUCUGGUAGCCCUCAGCCAGUCUCAUUCUUCUCCCUUGACCUUAUUCUGGUAGCCCUCAGCCAGUCUCAUUCUUCUCCCUUGACCUUAUUCUGGUAGCCCUCAGCCAGUCUCAUUCUUCUCCCUUGACCUUAUUCUGGUAGCCCUCAGCCAGUCUCAUUCUUCUCCCUUGACCUUAUUCUGGUAGCCCUCAGCCAGUCUCAUUCUUCUCCCUUGACCUUAUUCUGGUAGACCUCAGCCAGUCUCAUUCUUCUCCCUUGACCUUAUCCUGGUAGCCCUCAGCCAGUCUCAUUCUUCUCCCUUGACCUUAUUCUGGUAGCCCUCAGCCAGUCUCAUUCUUCUCCCUUGACAUUAUUCUGGUAGCCCUCAGCCAGUCUCAUUCUUCUGCCUUGAUCUUAUUCUGGUAGCCCUCAGCCAGUCUCAUUCUUCUGCCUUGAUCUUAUUCUGGUAGCCCUCAGGCCAAGUAAUUCUUCUCUCUAUUUUCCCCUUAAAUGUGUUUUACAAGAAGCAGGUUGCCACUCGUGAAUCACUGCACCCUUGCCACACACACGUUAACACACUCCCGUUAUUGCUCAGGCACUAGUCUACACAAAUGAUUCCCGGCGUUUGACUAAUGCAUGCCUUUCGAGAAGCUGAUUGACUGUGUAAGUGAGAGAGAGAGAGAGAGAGAGAGAGAGAGAGAGAGAGAGAGAGAGAGAGAGAGAGAGAGAGAGAGUAUAUCCCUAACAGAGACAUGCAGUCAGACCUCUAGACUGAUCUAGACAGAGACACAUACAGUAGACAGCAGAGUCGGCCAGUCUGAGAGAGCAGUAUAGUCCUGUGUUGUUCACCUGAGAGAGGCUCCAGUCAUGAGGUUAGGUGAGCUGUUAUUCUGACUCAGUGUGUUGAGAGAUGGCGUGUUCUUUAGGAGCGGUCUGGCUCACAGAGCCUUUGGACAGAAAUCUGGGAAUGUUCAAGGUAAAGGUGACGCUAUCUCAACCUUAGUCGUAACUACUCAAUGCUAAGGCGUACAUGGGUCAGUGAGACUCACUCUCCCCAGCUAGGCAGGGCAAAGUGGUUCGUACAUUGGACAUACUGCACACACCCUCUUGCAUGCUUGCAUGAGCUGUGAUACUGUUUGUGAUAAGGCCUGGGUGGGUGGGGCCAAGGCAGAGACAGAUAUAGGCUCCAUGCUUAGAUGGCCGAGCACAAAGACUGCUGGUACGGUUUAAACAGCUGGACAGAGAGAGCAGCACAACAACGGCUCACUGAGUUUUAGCACACAGCCCUUUGAAAUAUAUAUAUAUAUCCCUCCCCGAUAACAUGUCUUUUGACUUCUGUCUCUGUCAUGAGGAGAACUUAGUGCUAGUAGAAUUUCAAAAACGACGGAAAGUCAUAAUCAAUCAAUAUGCAAUGUCCAUCGUUGAGCCACAUGUCCAGGAGGGUAUCAUCGGCUACAACAUCAUCGCAUUGUACAACCAUUCUGUUGCAUCUCUAUGACGUUGUUGUGACGUGGAGGCUCCAAACACACCUUCACUUCUGGCACAUGUUGUGCUCUGACUGAGGCAGGACUUUAGACUCCGCAGGGUGUGUGUCUGAGCAGGGAGAACUGCAGACAUUACUGUUGGUUGUGUUUGAUCUCUUUUCUCUUCAGUAUCUCUCUCUGUCCUCAAGAACGACAGCAAUAAACAGGAAGUAGGUUCUCUGUGUGAACAGCAACAGUCCUUUUGUCUGGUGUGAUGGACGGGACAGGGCUGUGACUGGGUGGAGAUCUUGGAGCCGCGCUCACAGGAGCGCAUGUACGUGAACCUGGCCUCGGGGGAAUGUGGUUGGGAGCCCCCCCCAGGCGCCGCUGUGCGCCAGUCCGACGGCAACCAGUGGUGGGAGCUGUUUGACAGCCACAACAACCGCUUCUACUACUACAACAGUGCCAGCCAGCAGACGGUUUGGCACCGGCCCCAGGCCUGCGACAUCGUGCCCCUGGCCCAGCUACAGGCCAUGAAGAGGAGCUCAGAGACGGGUCUGAGCGGCCCCAUCAAGCCCCAGAGAGGGGGAGGAGAGGGCCGUCGUACACCCCUACCUAACCAGGCCUACCCCAUGCCCCCCUCCCAGGACCCUGACAGCAGCGGGAGGUCGACCCCGUCUAAGGGGCUCUGUGACAGCCUGGAGAACAGGAAAGAUACCCCCAGGGACACAGGUCAAAGAUGGCAGCCUGCUCCAGGGUCGAAGGCAGCCAUGUUAGUGAAGGUGAACAGCAUUGGCAGGAACCAGUCCGUGGUGCCCGCUAGCACCCUGCACCUCCUCCACCACAACAACCUCAGCCCUGGAAGCCCUGCUGUGUACCAGGUCCACUCCGACAGACCCAGCCCUGCAGGCAAGAUGGCUGCCCCCGUGGACCCCAAGCAAGCCUUCCACCUGAAGAAGGGAGACAAUGGUAACUUCUGCCUGGUGAUGCCCUCCACUGGCAGCAAGGUCCACCAGACCCCCCAGAGGUCUCAGGCUGGCACCCCCAGGCCCUCCUCGCCCCAGUACGGUGCCACUCCACCCAUCUAUGAUGAACCCCCCAUGGAUCCACCUAUCUAUGAUGAACCCCCCAUGGAGGUAGAGGGGGCCCACCUCCUGAACAGGCCCUUCACCCCCUCCACCAGCCUACAGAGGGUCCGCCAGCCCCAAUCCCACCCCCAGAACCAACCCCAGCAGCAGCCCAAGCUUCUCCAAUACCCAGCCUCUCACCUGAGCUCCAAACACAAGAGAAACCCCUCCGCCACAGAUUACAGCCCCGCUGGACGGGAGUGCAUCAAACACAUGGUCAACGUGGACCCUGCCACCUGCAAACAGAGCCCCUUAUCCCAGCCUGUCCAGACAGAGCAGGGCCCUGCCCCAGAGCCUGCCCUGCCCCCCUCUCCAUCCCCCUCCCCAGCCCCAGGUGUGACCCAGCCCAGGCCCAAGGAGGUGAGUCUAGAGAAGAAGCAGUCAUGGCGUCUCCUGGAGGCCAGCGCGAGGAAGAACAUGGAGGCCCGACACAGCCGACAGAACAGCCUGGCCUCCCAAGAGUACCCGGCACCGGCGGCCGUUACCUACCAGGACUCAGGCUACUCUACGGGGCCCUCGCCCAGCCUGAGGAGGAAGAACCGCAGGAGAGCCCUGGGCGGAGGGGCUGGGGGUGCAGGGCAGGGCCGGCCAGGCUCGGUGGGCAGCACUGGGGAGCUCAGUGCCCUGAAUGAGAAGCUGAUGGCAGAGAUGCGAGCGGUGGUGAGUCGCUCAAACACCCUGCGUGGCAGCAAGGCCAGCCUGGACACAGAGAUGUCUGAGGGGUCUGUACCACGGGCCCGUUCCCCCUUGAACUCCCUAAAGAAGCACGGGGGCCACAGCGCCUCUCGGGAGGACAUCAGUGCCAGUAACCGCUCUCUGUAUCGGGCCGGGAGCGGGAGUAACCACGGCGACAUACCCCUCUCGCCCCUGGCGUCAGACGGCAUGGUGCGUCAGAAACGGACCUAUGAGAAGGUGGACACUCUGGAGAAAAGCAUCACCAGCCAGAACAGCAUGUCCUCCCCAGAGCCCCCCAUGUCCCCCUCCCAGGCAGGAACACUGGAAUCCAAGGCCCAGUCCGAGUCCUCAUCACACGGGGGAGGUAAUGGUCACGGGGGCACCCGGGGUUCCCCCCAUAGAGUUAUCGUGACUGGAGACAGAGGAGAAGGUGGGGGAGGUGGAAAAGGAGGUAUGGGUUACCAGUACCCUUACACCACCCUCUGCAAACCUCCUCCAGACGCCAACAUGGUGGACUGGGCCAGUAAGAACCUGAACCAACACACUCAGGGCCUGUUCCGCCGCCGCGUCUCCAUCUCCAACAUGCUCUCCUGGAACAGGGGCUCCAUUAAGAAGCCCAUGCUGAUCACCAGCGACCGCACAGUCAAGAAGGAGGCCUGUGAGAUGUUCAAACUGGUCCAGGCCUACAUGGGGGACCGUCCAGCCCGGCUGGAGCGCCGUCACGCUGCCCUGCUGGUGGUCACUAAGUGCUGGGGCAUGCAGGGCCUGAGGGACGAGUUGUACGUCCAGCUGGUCAGACAGACCACUGACAACCUGAACCUGAGAAGCCUGGAGGCCGGCUGGGAACUCAUGGCCAUCAGCCUGGCCUUCUUCUCCCCCUCACCCAAGUUCAGACGCUACCUGGAGGGGUACAUUCAGAGACAUCUAGAGCCCUCCAACGACAAGAAGAUCAUGCAGCACAUUAUGGAACAACAGGACAUGAAGAACAAGAAGAAUUCAAAGUCCCGGAAGAAGAGGAAGCAGAACAAUGAGGAGGAAGAAGAGGAGGGCCUGCCAAUCAGCACUUAUGCCAAGUACUGCUAUCGCAAGCUGCAGAAGGUCGCCGUCACUGGGGUCAAAAAGGGUCUAAGGAAGCCCACCCUGGAGGAGUUAGACCAGGGGAGGAAAGCCAUUGUGACCCCCUCCCUGUUCGGCAGUGCUCUGGAGGAGAUCAUGGAGCGUCAGAGUGAGCGGUUCCCGGAGCGCAGGCUCCCCUGGGUGCAGGUGCAGCUGUCCCAGUACGUCCUGGCCCUGGGAGGGGCCCAGACAGAGGGAAUCUUCAGGGUGCCUGGAGAUAUUGACGAGGUGAAUGCACUGAAGCUGCAGGUGGAUCAGUGGAAUAUUCCAGAAAACCUUGGUGACCCCAACGUCCCAGCGUCUCUGCUGAAGCUGUGGUACAGGGAGCUGGAGGAGCCAGUCAUCCCUCAGACCUUCUAUAAGCAGUGCGUCAGUAACUAUGAGGAUCCAGAGGCAGCGAUCAGUGUGGUGCAGUCUCUGCCUGAGCUAAGCAGGCUGGUGCUCUGCUACUUUAUACACUUCUUACAGGUGUUUGCCCAGCCCGUCAAUGUGAGUAAGACCAAGAUGGACGUGAACAACCUGGCCAUGGUGAUGGCUCCCAACUGUCUCCGCUGCCAGUCGGAUGACCCGCGCAUCAUCUUUGAGAACACACGGAAAGAGAUGUCCUUCUUACGCAUGCUCAUUGUUCACCUGGACACCAGCUUUGUCAAGGGCAUCAUCUGAGGAGGCCUCCUCUAGACCGCUCACACCACUCUCUACUGCCACCUCACCCACAACAAGCCCGCUGUUCCUUCACACAUGUCACAUCUCAACCUUCUCUCUGGUUCACUAACACCACAUUAUGAGGACUACAGACAGUGGACUGCCCAGAAAGUGACUGGAAAUCAAGACAGAUUUCCUGCUCUGAAUCAUCUCGUUUGAGACUUUGGGACAAGCUCACAUGUGAUGGUAAUGGGAGACUGUUCAUCAGUUUUAAAGCACACUGCAGGACAUACUGUACAUACUAUAUGUAUCUCCCCAUGUUUCUGCUCCAAACACUGGACCGUGCUGGCGUGAGAUUCAGCAUAUGAAGAGCAGUCACAAUAGGAGACUGUGAUGCACAUUAAGCCAGAGUGCAGGGAGAAAUCAAGACAAAUCUCAUUUGUAAAUAUGGGUUUUUAAAGGAUUACUUCCUGCUUUGAGUGCCACAUACAUAUCUGACGCUAUGGUCAUGAAUUAUGUUUCGUCAUGUGUUCUGAAAUAACAAAAUGAGGUGAAACCCACUCUGUAUUAUCACCAUUCUCUUUCCUUUAUUGUAAUAGUGUAUUCAAGCAAUGUUUUCCUUCUCAUUCUAAGUUCAUUUGGAAUGCUUUUUUGACUAAUUUAAUAUGAAUUCUGUCUGGGUUGACAGAGCUGCAGGAUGAGUUGACAAAAAAGGUUUAUGCUACUCGUGACCUCUCCACUGGCCUCAGAGACAGGUUCACUCUCUAGGUAAAAAAACCCCACAUUUAUUUCUGAAUUAAAGUUUCUCUAGCAGGAAAAA